GUUGCCGUCGCGGGUCCGCGGGUGCACUGGGUGUCCUCUCCACAGCAGCUGUAUGCGCUGGGUCGGCGACUGAGGCGGGAGCGGCAGGUGGGUUUGGACCUGGAGGCCCACUCGCUUCACUCCUACCUGGGGCUGGUGUGCCUGCUGCAGCUGGCAGUGUGGAGGCCUAGCAGCGGGGGAGGAGGAGGGCGCAGGCAGCAGCAGCAGCAGCAGCGAGGGAGGACAGCAGCAGCAGCCGCACGCGGCAGGGGCAGUAAAGAGGAUGGUGGUUAUGAUGAUGAGGAGGAGGAGGAAGAGGAGGAGCAGGUGGAAGGCGGGGACGAAGGGUGUGAUGAUGGUGGUGGAGAGGUCUGGUUGGUGGAUGUGUUGGCGCUGCAUGACCACGUGGGGCCGGCGCUGGGAGGCCUCUUUGCUGACCCACGGGUCGUUAAGGUGGUGCACGGUGGCAGCAAUGACGUCAUCUGGCUGCAACGCGACUUCCGUACCUACCUGGUCAAUGUGUUUGACACGGAGAAGGCAUGCCAGGUACUCGGCUACGACAGCCGCGCCCUGUCCUCUCUGCUGCGUCGCCACUGCUCCCUGGACCUGUCAGCCGCAGCCAAGGCGCAGGGGCAGCGGGCCGACUGGCGCCGCCGCCCGCUGCCGCCGCCGCUGGUGCGCUACGCGGCCGCUGACGUGGCGUACCUGCCGUACCUGGCGGAGGUGCUAAGGCGGGAGCUGGCGGCGGCGGCGGCGGGGGUGACGGCGGGGAUAGGCUGGUCUGUGCCACCGUCUGAACAGUGUAGUGGGGCAACAAGUGGGACGACGGCGGCGGCGGCAGUGACAGCAGCAGCAGCAGGCGCGGAAGCCCGCGGGGAGGAGGAGGAGGAGGGCGAAGGAGACGGAGGCUACAUCCUCGCUCCGUUAGUUACCGUGGAGCCGCUGCAACCCCUCCUCCGGAAUCAACACAGUGCGGUCGCCGCCGCCACUGCUGCAGCCUCAGCAGCAGCCCCAGCAGCAGCCUCUCGGCCGGUGCCGACGGCGCUAGGCCUUGUGCUGCUACGAAGCCAUCAGGUCAGUCUGACGCUCUACCGAAAGCCGCUUUCGGACGCGGCUGCAAUGACGGCAACUGGGGCAACAGUUGGCGGCGGCGGCGGCGGCGGCAGUAACGGCAGUGACGGCGGCACUCCCGCUGUCGGCACGGCUUCCGCCGCCGCCGCCGCCAUCCUUAAGAAGUUCUUCUCCGCCGGCGGCGGUAACGGUAACGGCCACGUCAAUGGCGGCGGUUGCAACGGUCAUUCUCCAACGGAAGGCGUUCCGUCGCCAAAGGUGUCGGCGGCGGUGGCGACGGAUGCCGUACAUGCCUUAUGUCGCUGGCGCGAUACGGCGGCUCGACGGUACGACGAGUCGCCUCAGUGGGUACUGCUGGAUACGGCAGUGGCGGCGCUAGCGAGCGUUAGGCCGCCGCCGCCGAAUGGUACGGCACUGCUGCGACUGGUUUCGGAGCGAGUGGCGGCUGGGAACAAGCCACUGGAAUCCGAGCCGUACGCAGCUCGCUACGGCAUCAGUACGGCCCUCCGGAGCCAUGCAGAGGCGCUGUGUCGUCUCCUUGCAGCCUGUACAGCGGGGAGGAGGAGUAUCCCCUUAAAAGUAGGGCCCACCGCAGCAGCAGCGGGUGGGGCCACAGUCGCCGCCGCUGUUGCCGCCGGUGCCGGCCAUGCCACGUCAGCAACGUCAGGAGCAACAGCGGCGGUCGCAGGGGUGUCGCCGGCGGCGGCGACAGCUCGAGAGCGGGAGCGGGAGCGACGCAGCUGGUUGAUUGAGAAGUUCAGCGCCAAGAGCCAGGUCUACCAGAACUGCCGCAUGCUGAGUCGCGAGGGGCAGCUGCUGUGCUUCUGUGACUCCCGCAAGCUGGCCUGGUACCUGAAGAAGGGGAUUGCGGUGCAGGUGUGCGAGGAGCCCCCCACCAUCCAGCUGCUGUUCGAGCACCAAAACACCGACCAGGAAGUGGGCGCCGACGACUUCUACACCCAGUCCAAGUCCAACCGCUGUGUGGCGUGCGGCUGCUCCACCCACUACCUGCGCUACCGAGUGCUGCCCGCCUGCUACCGGCGGCACAUGCCGCCCGAGCUGAAGAGCCACCGCUCGCACGACGUGGUGCUGCUGUGCAUCGACUGCCACGAGCGGGCGCAGAAGGCUGCCGAGCGCAUGAAGCGGCAGGUGGCCGCUGACUACCAGGUGCCGCUGCUGCCGCCCAGGACACCAACAACAACAACACCGCUGCAGCAGGCAGCAGCAGCAGCAGCAGGGGGAGGAGGGGGAGGAGGAGCUGGAGCUGGAGCUGGAGCAGGGGGAGCUGCGGUUGAGAAGCCAGAGCAGACCGGCCUGGGACAGGGUCCCAUUGAAGACCUCCGCAGCGGUGGUGGUGAUGUGGGCAGCAGCGGUGCGGUGGGAGCUGAGGCGGAUGCGGAUGUGGGCUGUGGGCUGCCGGGCGGUGUGCACCCCAGUGCCGCCCGGCGUGCGGCGCUGGCGCUGCAGAAGAGCGGCGGACAGAUGCCGCUCAGACGCGUCAGGCAGCUGGAGGGUGUCAUCAAGGCGGCGCUGGGUCGCGACCCGGGUGCGGAGGAGGAGGGGCUGCGGCCGGGGGAUCUGGAGGCGGCAUUGCUGGCGGGUCUGGGACGUCGAGGUCGUAACAAGUUCUUCCGUCACCAGCAACAGCAACAGCAGCAGGACCAGCAGCAACAGCAGCAGCAGGGCCAGCAGCAGCAGCACCUACAAGAGGAGGAGCAGCAGCCCCAGCCCCAGCAGCAGGGAGACGAUGAGGCGGGCGCCGAGGAGGUGAAGCAGCAGCAGGCGGGCAUGCAAGCGGGCGACGAUGAUGGCAGGGAAGCAAGCAGCCAGAGCGGCACCAUGAACACUGCUACUGCUCCUGCCGCUGCUGCUGCCACCGCCUCCGCCACCACCUCCCAGGCCGCAGCUGCAGCAGCUGCCGCCACGACAGCUGUUACCACCGCCACCUCUGCCCCCACCGCUGACCGCUGGCUUGACAGUGGGCACAUGUGGCACGGCGAGCAGGUGGUGGCACGGGCGCUGCGGCGGGGCGGGGAGGGGGAGCUGCUGCAGCUGGUGAAGCGCUUCCGCACCUGCUUCGUGGAGGCGGUGCAGCCCCAGUUCCUGCCGCCCGCCUGGGGGGUGGACCACGCGGCACGGCGGGACUUCGGG